CCCCCUUCCAUCGCGGACCCGGAAAAAGCAUGGUGCACUCGAGCUUUCGGCAGCUCAUCUUCCUCGUUCUCUUUCUCGCCGUUUCCCUUUCGAACGGCGAUAGCACAGUCCCCAGGGAGACGGAGCCGGACAAGACGACGGGGACUUUCCAUGCGACGAAGAGCGGGAUCAAGUGCUCGACAUGCACUUGCUCGGACCCGUGUGGCCAGCAGCAGAGCCUGCCGCCGCCUCCUCCUCCUCCUCCCCGUCCCCCUCCACCUCCGUUGCCGCCUCCUCCGCCGAGGUUCAUCUACGUGACGGGGAUGCCGGGGAACUUGUACUCAUCCGACACCAAUGACGACUGGCAUUACUAUUACUCAGGUGCUUCUCGGAAUCGUGUCGCGGGUUACAACGAGUUGGUGCUUUUGGUUGGAUUUGGCAUUUUGGGUGCUGUAGCAACUUGGUGAUGGUGGUGUUUAUAUAUGGCUGUGAAUUUGAUUCGGCGAAACUAAAAAAGAAACGGUAAAUAAUGCUGUUGGCUCAGGAGGGUAGGUACAUAGAUGUCGGUGCUUUAUUCAUUCAUCGAUGUUGAUGUUGGUACUCUCGACAUUAUUCUAUGAAUCUUGUCUCACUGAUAUAUAGAGUUCGUUCUUCUUUC